UUGUGCUCUCUGGAAAUAAUCCAAACCAAUAAAAUUCCUUGCAGCGUUUGGGUUCCUGAAGUGAAAAGCACAGUUUCCCAGCAGAUGUUGAUCAACACGAAUUGGCUUCAGUCUGCAGAGCCACGUCUGCAUCGGGUCGGUUCUGGUGGUUCUGAGAGGAAAACUGCCUCCUGGUUCUUUAUCCUGCAGCAGAGAGACGGGUCGGUUCAGGUGGAGAUCCAGAGCUGAGCGGAUGUGAAUCCACCAUGGAUCAGUGUAAAGACAAAGAGACAAAGAGAUUUCCGCUGUUUAAAGACAAACAGAAAAAGACCAAACCGCUCAGUAUAAAAAAGCCUUCGAUAAAGCUGCCGGCUGAUCCGGGCCUGGAGUCCUCCAACCAGAGGUCGACAUGCCUGACCUGGUGCUGGCCCAGCCGCGCUCCAAGACAAGACCGUGUUGAAUCUGAAUGUGUUCUGGAACAGAAACCCGAAACUAAAAGUGAAGCUAAAGAUAAAACCAAAUCUGCUGUCAAGACGACGAGUCCUAAGAUGAAAAUCAACAAGAUGUCCAAGGAACAGGAGGAGUGCUGGGCCUCCAUUUGUCCACCUGGAGACAAGGACGCUGAAACCAAGGUUUGGCUGAAGGAGUCUUUGGAGAAGCUGGGCGACAGGGAGUUGAAGUACUUCCACAAGAGUCUGCGGACCAUGGACAAGUCCAAGGACGGCUUCAAACCCAUCAAGCAGAUCCGACUGGACAGUGCAGACAGACUGGACACAGUGGAGCUGAUGGUUCAGACGUACCCAAAGAAGAUCAGAGUGGUGACCGAGACGAUCCUGGAGAAAAUCAACACAAACAAAGGAAAUGAGAUUCACAAUCGAGUUCUGGACUCUCUGGACAAUCUGAACGACAAACAGCUGAAGUACUUCCACUGGUUCCUCCAAACGGCAGACGAGUCCAAGGACGGCUUCAACCGAAUCCAGAAGAAAGACCUGGAGGACGCAGACCGGCUGGACACAACGGACCUGAUGGUUCAGACGUACGCCACAAACACCAAGGAGGUCACAGAGAAGAUCCUGAAGAAGAUCAAGAACAACAAAGGCAAAGACAUACCAGGAGCUGAGGAGCAGAUGAAGCCGUCUUCUCCAGCUGAAGCAGAAAAGAAAGAAGUCUCCAAGGUUCUGGAGGAGUUUGUUAAGAAAGCUCCAAAUGAAACCCUGACCCGGCUGUCAGAGGCUCUAGCAGCGGACGGUGUGUUGAAGUCCUCUGAGAAGCAACGCAUCCUGGAGAAGAACCACACCAGAGGAAACAGAGCGAGCUGCCUUGCUGACACAGUGAUGGAUAAAGGAGCUGCUGCCUGGAAGAAGAUGAUCCACCACCUUCAGGCUGUUGAUGCUCCACUGUCCUCCAAGCUGGGCUUGUCCUCUGGUCCAUUUGUUCAGCAAGGUCCAGUAAUCGCCAUCCAUGCCCCGGAUGGCUGCUCAACAGAACCCAAUCCAGAACCAGAAUCUGAGCCUGGUGGCGUUAAAAGUCUGCUAAGUUUAAUGCCUUUUAAAGGAUGCUCGACUAGUCUAACUGAUUUAAUUUCUUUGAAAGGCUCUUCAACCAAUCUAAAAGUUGAAGAGAUUAAAGAUGACAGCUGGCAGCAGAUCUGCCCAGAAGGGGACAGCGAUGCUGACAUCAAGCAGUGGUUGAAGGAUGAACUGGAAAAUCUGGACAGCAAGGAGAUGAAGUACUUCCACUGGUACCUUCACACCGCGGACUAUUCCAAGGACGGCUUUAAGCCGAUCAAGAAGAGCCGCCUGGAGCACGCAAACAUACUGGACACGGUGGACCUGAUGGUUCAGAUAUACACCAACAAGAGCAAGGCAGUGGCAGAGAAGAUUUUCAAGAAGAUGCAUAAAAAUAAAGGAGAUGGUUGUAAGGAUUGGCUACUGGAUAUUCUGGAGGAGUUGGAUGACAGGGCGAUGAAGUACUUCCACUGGUACCUUCAAGCCGGAGACAAGUCCAAGGACGGCUUCAAACCGAUCAAGAAGAGCCACCUGGAGGGCGCAGACCGGCUGGACAUGGUGGAGCUGAUGGUUCAGACCUACGCCACUAAAACCAGGGAGGUCACCAGGAAGAUUCUGGAGAAGAUUGAGAAGAAUAAAGACACUGUUGUUCCUGAAGUUGAAGAACAGAGUACUCCAACUUCUACAGCUGCUGCAGAAGAGAAAGUGCUCACCAGGAUGCUCAAUGACUUUGUGAAGAAGGUACCAAAAGAAACGUUGUCACAGCUCAUGGAGUCUCUGAUGACUGCAAACACCCUGAAGUCUUCAGAGAAGGAAAUAAUCCUUCAGAACCACACCAGAGUCAACAUGGCCAGCUGCUUCGUUGACAUUGUGAUGGAGAAGGGAACCGACGCCUCCAAGGAGCUGAUGAACCGUCUUCAAACCAUCAACCCUCACCUGUCCUCUGAGCUGCGCUCACCUUCUAACCCAGAUAACAAGGUCAAGAAAAGUUUCUUCAGUGGAAUUAGGUUGAAAAGGUUGAUAUCCGAGCAACAGGAGGAAUCCUGGCACCAGAUUUGUCCUCCAUGGGACACAGACGCUAAGUUGAAGCAUUGGCUGAAGGACUCGCUGGAAAAUUUACGGAACAAGGAGGUGAAGUAUUUCCGCUGGUACCUGCGGACCGCAGAUGAGUCCAAAGACGGCUUCAAACCAAUGAAAGGUUGCCGCCUGAAGUAUGCAGAGAGACUGGACAUAUUGGACCUGCUGCUGCAGAUGUACCCUGAGAAGGUCAAACUGGUCACAGAGAAGAUCCUGGAGAAGAUCAGUAGCAAUAAAGCACAGCACUGGAUUCUGGACUUUUUCGAAGAGUUGGGCGACAAAGAGCUGAAGUACUGCCAGAUGUUGCUGCAGAGCACCGACAAGCUAAAGGGCGGCAUCAGAUCCCUGAAAAGAGCUCCUGUAGAGGACGGAGGGAAGGUGGAUGCAGCAGAUGUGAUGAUGAAGAUGUACAGCUCCGACACCAGAGAGGAAGUCGAGAAAGUUCUGAACGAGCUCAAAGACAGUACAGAUGAUGUUUUAUCUGAUGACGAUCAGCUGAGUAAUCCAUCUUCUUCAAGUGCUGCAGCAGUAGAAAAAAGAACGAAGAACAUGCUCCUUGACUUGAUCAGGAAGGUGUCCAAGGAAACCCUGGAGCAGGUGGUGGAGGCGCUGGUAGCCGAUAAGGUGCUGAGCGCCUCAGACAGAAAGUCCAUUUUGGAGAAGAACCGAACCAGAGUGAACAAGGCCAGCUGCCUGGUGGACAUGGUUUAUGAGAGAGGAGCUGAAGACUGCCAGAAAGUGAUCCUUCAGGUCCAACGCAUCGACCCGGCGCUGCACUCUGACCUCAAGCUCUCCCAGCAAGUUCUGUUCAAACGUCUUCGCUCCAAGAUGAAGGACAACGGGAAAACCAAAGGAGAGGAAGAGGAGGAGGAGGAGGAGGAAGCAGAAGAAUGAGGAGCAGAUUAAUGAUCCGCCUGAUUCCCACCAACAAACAGAUUCAUGAAACUUAACGUUUUUAUUUCACUCUUAGGGUUAGGGUUAGUCUGCAGUGGUUCAUCAGCUUCACAUCUGGAUGGUUUAUUUCUAUUCCUUUUAUUUUCAUCAAGUCUAAACUAAUUCAGGUUCUGGACGGUGAGAUUCUUCCAUGUUUCCUGCAGCAGGUGAUGGUGGAGGGGAUGAUGUCUGAUAUUUGGUAACUAAAGUCAUUUUAAUGUUUCUCUUCUUUUCUACUGGAAUAAAAAUUGAUCUGAAAGUC